GAAUAAUAUUAUUUUAAUUCAUUUAUAGCCCACAGCAGUUUAAGGUGGAGGAUGGACAAGUAUUGGGCAACCCAAUUUGGAUUGGUCUUACUGGGUAUAUGAGUGUUUGUGUAUGUGUCCCACAGAGAUUCGGCAGUAAGUUCCUGGUUCACCUGGUUACGUUGGAGGCUAAGAACGUUAAAGAGUGUUUCACCUUUGCCCUGGUGAUGGUACUGGAUAUGAUACAUGUCCCAAAGCAAACAUGUUGAAGCCAGAGAGCUCAUGUACUCAGGAGCGCUGUUGUUCUUCAGUCAUGGCCAACAAAACAGUGCUGCAGACUUAUCCAUGCUGGUCUUAGAGUCUCUGGAGAAGGCAGAAGUGGAUGUGUCCAACGAGUUACUGGAAAAUCUGGCUAAAGUGUUUAGUUUGAUGGAUCCGAAUUCUCCAGAGCGAGUGGCUUUUGUGUCUAGAGCCCUGAAAUGGUCCAGUGGAGGAUCUGGGAAGCUGGGCCACCCCCGGCUCCACCAGCUGCUGGCCCUCACCCUGUGGAAAGAACAAAACUAUUGUGAAUCUCGGUAUCACUUCCUGCACUCUACUGAUGGAGAAGGAUGUGCCAAUAUGUUAGUAGAAUAUUCUACCUCAAGGGGAUUUCGCAGUGAGGUGGACAUGUUCGUGGCCCAGGCUGUCCUACAAUUUCUCUGUUUAAAAAAUAAAAACAGUGCAUCAGUGGUCUUCUCAACGUACACCCAGAAGCAUCCGUCAAUCGAGGACGGGCCUCCGUUUGUACAGCCCCUGCUCAAUUUCAUCUGGUUCCUGCUGUUGGCUGUGGAUGGCGGCAAGCUGACAGUGUUCACAGUGCUAUGUGAGCAGUACCAGCCGUCCCUCAGGAGGGACCCAAUGUACAACGAGUACCUCGACAGGAUAGGACAGCUCUUCUUCGGUGUGCCGCCCAAGCAGACGUCUUCCUAUGGAGGCUUGCUAGGUAAGCCCAGGAGCAGAGGGUGCCUCUAGCCAGGUGGGCACGACAGUCUCCUCAUGGGCUCCCUGUGCCUGGCCCACCUCCAGGUCCUCUUUGGCAUCUUCCCAAAAUAGAGGUGCGGACAGUUGUGUCCAGGGUGCACUCACCAUUGGCCACAGUUGAGUCUGUGUUUCUGACCUACCACUGCAGUCCAGGCCCUGUCUACUGCGGCCUCGGGCCUGGUCCCCUGGAUGCCACACAGUCUGCUCUGAGCUUGGACUGUGAACGUGUCCUUCCACCAGGGCAGGGCCAGUGAGGUCUUUUAUGUAAUAGAGAUUUUAAACGUGUUCAGUUUUGUUUUUUGAAUAGUAAAUCAUAUUUCACAGAGUUUAGAAUUCAGAAGUACCCACCUCUCGGCCUGUCUCCCUGCUCCUCAGUUCUCCCGUCGGGGGCAAACAGCCCUGAGGUUUCUCUUGCUUCCUGGCAGGAUGACUCCGCAUGUGCCAGCCAAUACACAGCUGGCUUCUUCUCUGUCAGUGGUGCCAGGUUGUGCCCAGUGCCUGCACCUCGGGCUUGUACCUGCGAGAGCUAGGGGUGCUCCACUGCAAGCUGUGCUGCCGUGCAUAACUGCAUCCGCGUGUACCCACGUCGGAGGGGCUCGGGCAGGGCGUGGUGUGUGUUUCUAAUUUUCAGAGAGGCUUCCAAGUUGCACUCCAUGGAAAGGCCUUUCUUGUUGAGAUUACUUUAAAAGUUGUUUCCUCUUAAUUGUAGGUUUCACUUUUUCCCUGUACAUUUUAUCUUUUUGGGGUUUAUGUUCAGUGGAAGGGGCAGGUGGAGGCCCUCUUGCCUUCUUCCGCAGUGGUCAGUGCACUGGCACCACCACCAUGUAGUGAAGUGGUGCCACCAUGCCUCCCACAUUCCCGUGCACCGAUGGGCCUCUGCGGGACGGUGGUACCUUGGGAGUGAGGGUGCAGGUCAGUGUGUGCUCAUGUCUUAGCUUGAAACGAUGGCUUAAUGUUUUUAUGUCAAUCAGGUUCCAUCCCCCAGCACCACACCCUAUCAGAAACGUCCUGACUUUUCAUGCUUUUUAUUUUUUCAUCAGAACUUCCUAGUUAGCUUUUCCAUUUCCCCCAGAAAUGCUGUUAACGUAUUCAUUGGGAUGGAGCUAACAGCAUUAGAGAGCAAGGAAGACUGCACCUCCACUGCUGUGUCUUUGUGUCCAAAGAACGUUAACUUCAUUUGUUCUGUUUCCCUCACAGUUUGGUUUAAGAGAAUUUUUUAAACUUUGAUUUUGUAUUUACAUAACAGUUGUUUCUUGGAUAAAAAUUUGGUGAGUAAAAGGACAGACAUCAACAGUGACAGCAGUUAGCAUUU